ACCUGAAGUAUCUUAAAAAAGAAAACCUUGCAUUUCCGCAAUGUUCAAAAAGCAAGUAAACCACCAUUAUUACCGUUAAAAUGCACACACUCCGGCUAGGCACUUUAAUAUAAAUACAUUUGCCAACUUGACACAUCCCGGAAGUAUUUACAGCCACUUUCUGUCAAGUGGAUUCAUCGCACUGCGUGAACGUGCAACCAAAAAGGUGUCGGUCGUGUCGUCUCUCGAAGAUGGCCAUCUUGCAGUCUUGUUGCUUUUGGAAGACAGUGCGUAAAGGCAGUAUGGCCAGCGCAACGUACACUUUGGUGUACUUUGGUUUCUCCACAAUUGUGAUGCUCAUUACCGUUUAUGAUGAGCAAGAAUAUCUGUCUGGCACCAGAAGACGACCCAUAGGAGAGAGUUUCUUGGCGAGAGGGGAGAUAACACCCGCCAUUGUUAUAUUCAAUAUUCUCUUUUUGAUUUGCUCGGCGUGCUUAGUUAUAUCUUCGUUGCUGGUGUUCGCCGGAAUGAAACGUCAUCGUAGCGCGUUUCUGUUGCCUUGGAUCGUUUUCAUGCUGUGCGAUGUGUUAAUUGAACUUUUUCAUUUGGUUUACUUAUCCAUAACACAGAUGGUUAAUUUCGAUCCAGUUGUAGGCUUCAUUUUUACCAUCGAUUUUUUUAUUAUGUGCCUGAAUACAUAUUGUCUGCUGUGCGUGAUAUCACAAUAUCAAAAUUACCUGCAGGGACGUGGAUAUGGGGAUCAACAGAUGCGGACGGAAAUUGUGAUAGAAACAGUGGAUGGCGAAGUGACGGAGAGGCAAAGUUGUCUGAAAACAACAAAAAUUAACAAAUCGUUGGCAAGUCCUUAUAUAACGACGAACCCGAACACUCAUAUUUCGACGAUACCAGAGGAGAUGGAUCAGAAUUACAAAAUUCGUACAAGCUCAGCAGGCACGUCGAGUGAACCAGCCGAUGACAAAAGUUUACACAUAACGGUGAACAUACCACCAUAAUUGUAACGCAGAAGUGAAUCGAACUACACUGUGCUGAAUUUUUACACAUUCAUAUAUGUACAUAUGUAUAUCAUGGCAUGCCAUGGAGAGAAAAAAUGUGAGGAGGGGGGAAAGCGAAAGAGCAAUGGGAAGGCAAUGGUUUCAAUCGCACUUGUAUCAAAUACGAAAAUUACUCUUUUACGCAAGCGAAUAUUUGUGAAAGGAAAAUACUUGCAAAAGUUGCAAAAAAGGAGAGAUGCAUAUUUUUCGUGGUAGUUUAAAAGAAAUUGCCGUAUAUUCCUUUGUAAAUUUAAUUGUAAAAUAUAUUUGUUUUUUCAGGCAUACAAUAUUCGUAUCUUUAUCUUUCCAACACUAAAAAUAAAUGCUUAUAUAAGUGGUAUAUGUAUGCAUGUAUGUAUGUAUGUGUGCAGCACUUGUCUUUUUGUGCACACACAGCUAUGAAGGGAAAUAUGUGAAAAACGUAUCGACUAAAAAAAAUGAACAAACCAAUUCGGGAAAAUAUUUAUUCAUGACUUUGUAAAUAUUUUGUGAUUUUAAA